AUGAGCUCAUGCGCUUAUUGCCUCGGAAAAGGCGCUUCAAAGGGUCUUCCGGGGCAAGAAGACACAUCGGGCGACUCCACUCAGCCAGGGCGAUCCAUGUGCUCGUAUAUCAGGAAAGAGAAACCGGUCAGAAUCGAGGGCCAAGGAAAUGGAACGUACGCCGGUGCCGGCUCGAUAGCUAGCGGGAAUGGCAACGUGGCGCCUCCCGGCGUCACAUAA